AGAUUUUCCUCCGUACGCAUGCGCAGUGGGGGAUUUUCUUUUCCGCAGCCCAGCUGCUCGGAGAGAAACAUGGCGGCGUCCCUGAUAUGCGGCCGGUUGUCCGCUAGAUUGAGGAAUUCGGGGUCCAGAACGGCUUUAAGUUCAACAGCAAAGGUAAUUACCGGGACAUCAGGGCUGUUCGGUAACCAUGCCCACCAGCCGUCUCCCUUGGCGACGGGGCAGCAGCAGAGGAACCUGUCGCUGCACGAGUACCUGAGCAUCGGCUUGCUGAAGGAGGCGGGGAUCUCCGUGCCUGCAGGGAUUGUGGCCAGCUCGCCGGACGAAGUCUACACCGCCGCCAAGCAGAUCGGCUCUAAGGAUCUGGUGGUGAAGGCUCAAGUGUUGGCUGGAGGAAGAGGCAAAGGAACGUUUGAGGGAGGAUUAAAAGGAGGAGUCCGAAUCGUUUACUCCCCGGAGGAAGCGAGGGACAUCUCCUCUCAGAUGAUCGGAAAAAAGCUGUUCACCAAGCAGACGGGCGAGGCGGGUCGCAUCUGCAACCAGGUGUUCAUCUGCGAGCGGCGUUAUCCCCGCCGAGAGUAUUACUUCGCCAUCACCAUGGAGAGAUCUUUCCAGGGCCCAGUGCUGAUUGGCAGCUCUCAGGGUGGCGUGAACAUCGAGGACGUGGCAGCCGAGAAUCCCGACGCGAUUGUAAAAGAGCCCAUCGACAUCGUCGAGGGCAUCAAGAUGGAGCAAGCCAUAAAGGUCGCUAAGAAGAUGGGAUUCCCAGAGGGUUUAAUAAAGGAAGCGGCCGAGAACAUGAUCAAACUCUAUGACCUUUUUAUCAAAUACGACGCAUCGAUGGUGGAGAUUAACCCUAUGGUGGAAGACUCCUCUGGCAUUGUGAUGUGCAUGGACGCUAAGAUCAACUUCGACGCCAACGCCGCGUACAGACAGAAGAAAGUGUUUGAUUUGCGCGACUGGAGUCAGGAGGACGUGAGGGACCGAGAGGCGGCUAAAGCUGAUCUGAACUACAUCGGCCUGGACGGCACCAUCGGCUGCUUGGUUAAUGGAGCCGGUCUCGCCAUGGCAACCAUGGACAUCAUUAAACUCCAUGGCGGGACGCCCGCCAACUUCCUUGACGUUGGAGGCGGAGCCACAGCGCAUCAAGUGACGGAAGCCUUCAAGCUCAUCACCUCGGACAAAAAGGUGCAAGCCAUCCUCGUUAACAUUUUCGGCGGCAUCAUGAGGUGCGACGUCAUCGCUCAGGGCAUCAUUAUGGCCGUCCGAGACCUGGAUCUAAAAAUCCCCAUUGUAGUACGGUUACAAGGAACGAGAGUGGAUGACGCAAAGGCUCUAAUCGCUGCCAGUCCUCUGAAGAUCCUGGCCUGUGAUGACCUGGAUGAAGCAGCUAAGAUGGUCGUAAAGCUUUCUGAAAUCGUUUCUUUGGCCAAAGAGGCUCAAGUGGACGUAAAAUUCCAGCUGCCCAUCUAAAGACAUCGCUCGUCUACGAACCGUAAAAAAACUCCAACAAGAAAAAACUCCAUGAACUGACUUCCUAGCUACCCAGUCCCAUGUCUCCCAUCCACCACGCUUUCUGAAGCCACUACAUCUUAGUCCUGAGGUGCUCCAGCUCUUAAAUACGAGAUACGAGAUACACACUCCUCCCGCAAACUCCCCCCCCACUCGCCUGGGUUUGUUGGUUAGGUCAGGUCAGUGUUACUACUUGUUUCGUUUUGUUUCACGUCGUCUUUGUUUUGUUUUGCGAAGCGGUGGACCUAUUUAUGUGGGACUGUAUUUAUAAGGAAGUACGCAGAAGUACGCCGAGCUGGAAAAAUGUAAAGUACGAUUAAAACCAUUACACAUAUCUCUAAAUGAAUAAAAAAAAAAUGUAAAAAAAAGCUGCGUUACUAAGGAAGAUCCUUGUUUCCUGCUUCAGUCAGUGUUUUCCUGAAGAGCACGGCACCAAUUCCCGACCCCCUUCAAACGCACAACCACUUCUUUGGGGAAUCUCUGUAACCUAACUGUGUAUUUUUGGUAAUGUACGAGAAAGUACUGGUUAAGAGGAGGGAAAGAAUAAAAUAAGAAAAGAUGGAAAUAAAAUUCAGUUUUAUGAUAA